GUACAGCCGUGUAUUAGGUAAAGCCUGGUGUAGACUCACUGUAAACACAAUAUAUUACAUACGGUGUCCUUACGUAGUAAUAGACUAGUGUAUUCCGUUCUUAUAUUCAAAAGGAUCUUUGAUUGUUAUCGUUUCGGAAUUCAGCCAACCGGAUCCACAGAAUACUAAAAUACUCUUCAUGGAGGAUAUUUACUCAUAAGAAUUAUUAUCGACAUUUACUUGAGUAAAUUUUUAGUUAUCAAGAUUAUUUUUUGUAAAACAAAUAUGUACAUGCCUAUCAAUUGAUAAAAGGAGCGUAUUAGUCCGUGCGCGUUAGUCAGCCCUGGACUACGGCUGAACAUGAAGCUACCAAAGAGCUGCAUGGUCAACAGGACUUGAAAACGGGAAGUGUGCAUCCUACAAAAUAAUUUGUUCCAGUAAAACCAGAUCUGAUCAUAUUUUCCACGAAGUAGUAACCUAAGUGUUUUGAGAAGAUUCGCACACGUGUUAAUAUGGAGUUUAAACGCAAUCCUGGAUGAUUAAUUGUGUGAUUUCGAGGAAUACUACAAACUCUUUAAAGAGAACAUUGGGUGUUCUAAGAACUAACACUGCCGGCCUAUUCUGAGAAACGUCAAGAACAGUAUGUUGAUUGAUCAUGGCCGCUUAACCAGGAACACAGACAUUAUUUUCCAAGCUUGAUAUACGAAAGGACUUCUCUCCCGGCCACAGUUAUACUACAGGAGACCGUGGGGGUUAAACAUUACAACUGAAGAGCAUGCUCCAUCUUCCACUACCGCGCGACAAACAUUGCUAUGCCCCUGAACGCGUUGCUAAGGUGAUGUCCUUGGGCGUGGUUUCUGACGUAGGGGUCACCAGGCUAGCGAUGAAUGAUGAAUGAUAUACCAGAUCUGAUCACCGUUGCCAAAAAUGGAAAUUUACAGCAGGUAGAAAACUUAUUGAGGCAAAACUUUUCUGUGCAUAUUCGGGGCAAAGACGACGAGACCGCACUCUACUGGAGCUCAUGUCGCGGUCACGUGCAGAUCUGUAAAGCGCUCCUUGACAGCGAGAGUGACGUCAAUGCGCGUGUAGCGUGGGGUUCCACAGCGCUACACGCAGCCGCAGACCGAGGCCAUAUCCAGUGUGUUGACCUCCUCAUCCGGCGAGGCGCCAAUGUGAACAUUCAGAACAAACGAGGGGACACGCCGCUUCACGUCGGAGCCUACCGAGGACACAUUGAGAUAGUUCGGCUCUUGGUUCGGGCGCAACCGGACCUCUUCAUUAAAAACGACAAAGGCCGAACGGCGGCGGACGAAGCGGAGGGCAAUAGCCACCACCAUACGUCGACGUAUCUGUACCAGCAGAUGCUCCCUUUUAACCAGAACCCGUUUUCCGACCACAACCGCGCUUUACCGCCACCUAAUUACGAACAAACGUUACCUCAGCGGUCAGCUCGAAGUCGUCCUGGGUCUCAGAGUCAGGAAGAGAACGCUACACAAGGUCAAUGGUAUGCAAGUCUCGGUAGCCUUCCAGCUCAAGGGCAAUACCAAAAUGCAAAUGAAACGAACGGAGGGAUGGAGCAGGUUCAUUCUUUUUCUGGAUUUCAUCAAUACGCCGAUGAAACAUCAUGCAACUCUUUUCCAGGAGCUUCUCCGGAAAAGGGGAAAGUUUCAGAUAGCAGCUUCCUCCGAUAUCGGGAUGAUCUUAAAGGGUUCCGCAGGAGAACAGAGCCCGAGGAAAGCAUGGACGAAGGAACAGUUCCGUGGACUGAAGAUAGAGCGAACAAAGAAAACAGUCGGACUAAACUGUGUAGACGGGAGUCUAUAAAUGGUCAGUGUAAUAAUAUCAAUGUAGAUGUAGCUAUGCGAUACAAAAGUCCUAAGAUCGCUCGGGAAGGAAGUGACAGAGAACAAAAUGGAGGAAUUACCACAAAAGUGUUGUCAGAGUUUCAGCCUUGCAAUCCUCCAGUAUUCUCCGGAGAUGAUAAAAAUGGCGGUCUACCGUUAUUAGGGUCGUGUGACGAUGUGCGCAUGUCCCAACAGUGCCUAGCCACAUCCGUUAGACCCUCGCGGAUUUCCGUCGGAUGUGUAAGGGAAGUAGUAGGAAAUAUGCAUAAUGAAACUAUUGAGAAUUUCUCAGAAACAUUACAAAUGGAAUUAUUCAAAAAACAAGAAAUGGUGGAAAAUUUACAAAAGGAAAAUGCAAAUCUGCAGCAACAACUAACAUUAAUGAAAAAAACGUUUCACCAAUUUUCCAGUGCAUGCCAAAUACUAAAACAUGAAAAUGCCCAACUACGACUUUCCCAUAAAGAAAGGACUGGGAAAACGCACAAAUCGCCACAUUCUACCUCACAACUUUCACUCAGCGGCUUUAUACACUUCCUUGAUAAAGUUUCCAGAGGAGGAAGUGUAUAUUCCCAUAGUGACCAAAUGUUAUUGAUCCUUAAGGAAAGCUUAUAUUCCCAUUGGUUAAAAUAUGUCCCUCCUAGUCAGUUAGAUGUGCCAAAUAAGGAAUGGUUGCCAGGGAAGGACUUUACACUGAUCGGUGAACAGCCAAUGAACCAGCUUUCAGGCGGCACGAGGGAUGGGUGCUGCUCUCUGGUGUUCCAAAUCAAACACAAAGGUCAAACACAGAUCCUGAAGAUGAUGAUAAACCUCAUCAAUUUGGAGGCUAGCAGCCACGGUCAAGGGUACAGCAUGGAACACUUCCUGGCAAAUAGUUUCGGCCCGGAGCAUCAACUUCCGGUGGCCUUUAACGACCAUGUGAACGUUAUCAAGGUCAGACACAGCUACACCGGACAAACUAAUAGAUUCCAGAAAUAUCUUGGUCUUAUCAUUCCGACAAAGUUUGAUAUUCCGAUAGAAAUGGCAUCUCGAACAACGUUUAUUGUGUUUGAUCAUUUCCCAGAAUCCUUGAAAUCCAUGAGUGUCCAGUUCCGGUCUAGUCACUCAGAGCCUUCGUUCGGUCUGGACAUUACGUUUGUUCUACAGUUGUUGUACCAAAUCCUCUCUGCCGUGUACUACAUUCAGAAAAAUGGUGUCAUCCAUCGUGAUAUCAAGGCGGACAAUGUGUUCCUUGACAACUGUUUGAGACCAGUGCUGGCAGACUUUGGGAUGGCUCGUACGACUGAGGUGUCCGACUCGUCCAUAUAUUUUACAAAUAGUCGAGAGGUUUAUGCGGGUAAUGCGCAUGCGUGGGCACCGGAACUGACAAGAUGGAGUAUCGAUGGUCCACCUAGGAGCAUUGAGGAAAGAAUGUUACUGAAGGAUGUCUACAGUAAAUCCGACGCUUAUGCCGUCAGUAGGAUGUUCUAUUGUCUUCUACGACCGCAGUCAGAGGGUAACGCGUUCCCUCAAUCAUCACGUGAUCGGCCUCAUUACGAAAACUCUGAAAUACCGGAGCUGCCCUCUUUGUAUCCGGCAGGAUUAAGGUUCGUACUUCGGAACCAAGUUCUCAACGACCCCCUGGACAGGAUGACUGACCGGAGGGCUAUGCUGUACGUCGGGAUGUUGAUGUUUCCUCCAAGUCCUGGCGAGGUUACCAUGGAGACACAGACAGCACGUUACUGCCAAGCAAGGAUCUUAAAGCUUCUUUCGUUAGACAACAGUGCCAGGCGUACUGACGUGCACUCGGGGCCACGCCUGACGAUGUUGGAAAGUGUCGACAGACUAAUGCCGGAAUUAGAAGCUGACUUCCUGCACAAAAUCACACCCGAGGAAUUCUGGGAAAUCUAUCAGGACUUGAAACAAAGGGAUUACCUAUCCAUAUGAAUCAUGAAGACUUAAUGUGUGAUAACGAAGACUUAAUAGUAUAUAUACGCUAAUUGGUGCUCCUUUACCGGCGUCAUGCCAUGUGGAAUUUACCGUAGAUACAUUGUAUAACAUAUCACUUUAGGUAUCACUACGUUAUAUCAACAUGCCCUACCCUUAAAUAUCAACAUGCCCUACCCUUAAAUAUCAACAUGCCCUACCCUUAAGUAUCAACAUGCCCUACCCUUAAAUAUCAACAUGCCCUACCCUUAAAUAUCAACAUGCCCUACCCUUAAAUAUCAACAUGCCCUACCCUUAAGUAUCACUACGUUAUAUCAGCAUGCCCUACCCUUAAGUAUCACUUAGAACAACAACGCAAUAAUCAAACAUCAACAUCAUCAACAACGAUUUCUUGCUAACUUCAGAAUCUCCGGAGUAAAUGUCUUAAAUGCUUUAGAACGAGAGAAAAAACUGUACACAUACGGAGGUUGUCAUUCUAAGUUAUGUGUACGAAUACAAAGAUCGAUGAUAUAGUGACAUAUCGGAGAUAAAGCGACAUCACAUUAGUUCAGCAUUGCUGUUCACCUUUCUAUAAUAUACCGGAUGCGUGUGACGAUAGUAAUAACAUGAUGUCCCCUAUGACCGUGUUAAGACUAGGUAGGAGUUCCUUUUAGACAUGACGUCAUUGUGUGAUGAUUACCCUGCUUAUGUUAUGACGUCAUUUAAAGGGUGUUUUCAAAUAGUGUGUACGAUUACCUCGUUUUUCAUGUGACGUCGAUGCAUGCGAUUUUUUUGUAUGAUUAUCGUAUUUAUCCUUUGACAUAGUAAGAUACGAUUUUAUUGUGUCUUUUAUCCGAUAACGUCAUACAUUUACGAUACGACUUUAUUGUGUAUAUUUACCUGUUUAUAAUAUGACGUUAUUAGAUAAAUACUUCAUUGUGUUUUUUCAUCUGAUGACGUCAUUAGAUACGAUUUUCUUCUGUAUGUUUACUCUUUUUAUCCAGUGACGUCAUUUGAUAAUAUCUUAUUGUGUCUUUUAAUCUAAUAACGUCAUAAGAUACGAUUUUAUUACUUUGUUUAUCAAAUGACGUCAUUAGAUCAUAACUUAUUGUGUCCUUUUAUCUUAUAACGUCAUCAGAUACGACGAUUUUAUUGUGUAUGUUUACUUUGUUUAUCCAGUGAUGUUAUGAGCUAGCAUUGUAUUGAGACGGGGUAACGUAUCGCCGACCGUGUCUACUGUAUGCCUGACUUAGACCCCUUUGUUUAGUCAUUAAUGACGUGUUGUGUCGUGUUGGUCGUUUCGCUUUAGUUAAUGUUAACCUUGCACUGCUAUGUUUGUAAAUCAGAAGUACCAUACAUUUAAUCCUAUGAACGCUUUUAAUUUUAUAAAUCUGUUCAGAAUAGAA